GUCAACCGCACCUGACCGACCUGACGGGAAUUUUCGGCCGCAUUUGACAAAGCGCCCCGCGAUGUCGGCAGCCGCCGCCGCAGCAGCGUCCGGCAGCUCCAAAAAGCGCAAAGACAACGACAGCAGGGCGGCUGAUGACGAAGCGGUCGUGCCAUCUCGCCUUCACGGUGUCACAACUGGUUCGGAGGACGCCGAUGAUCUGGUCAAACAAGCUGCGGGGGGUGUUGACGCCUUCCGCCAGAUCACCAGGACCGCAGCGGCCAGCGCCGAGAAGGAAAUCGAGGUAAUCAGCUCGGAGAUCAAGCAGCUCAUCACCGCCAACGGAGGCACCAUCGAGCCGCAGCAGAAGGACGGCCGCAUGCGGCUCAAUGUGGGCGGCACGGUCUUUUCUAUCCCGGUGAAACGGCUCCUCCUUCCGAAGAUGAAGACGACGUACCUCUCGACGCUGCUGCUGCACUUCACUGACCAGCUGCCAAAGGACGCCAAUCAGCUGCCCUUCCUCGAGAUGCAUCCGGCUUACUUCAAAUGGCUGCGUGACCACCUGGCGCUGCUCGAGAGCCCCCAUUUGGAUGAGAUCAGCCUGCACUCACCGGAGGCCGCCGAUCCCUCUUAUGCCGAGUACCACAGGCUGUUCAUGCGGACGCUGGGCGGUGCCAUCGAGAUUGGCAUCGAGGAGCAGCCACAGGCGACCGGCACAUCGGCUGCAGCAGCGGCAUCGGCAGCUGGAGGGGGAGCCGAGGAGGCCAAUGUCGAGAUGGCCGAUGCGGGCGGCGGUGCAGAGGGAGAGGGAGGUGGGAACGAUAGCGUGGAGGAGGCCUUUCGGCAGAUCGACGAGUGCAUGAGCAGCUAUCGUCGUGUGCUGGAGGCGCUGCGGGCCAAGAAGCGCCACAUAGAGGCCUUCCUGACGGCGAUGCGGCCGUUCGUCAAGGGGAACAGCAGCGAUGAGGACAUCGAGCUGAUGACGCUGACGGUCUUCGACGACAAGGUGUCGGUUCUCCGCCGCACCAUAGCGCCCCUCGGGCCAACUCAUGCACUCGUCAAGCGUUUUGAUCCGUGAGCGGGGAGGGAGAUGCUCUCUGUUGGGUGUGUCUACGUGUGUGGUGUUUUGUUCUUCAGGACUCAGUGGCCCGACCAGGAGGCCCACCAAGCUUCCCUCAGAUUCCUGCAACUCAUCGUCGACUUUGCCCGCCGUUUGUAUGUCAUGCCGGCCAACCGGUUCGUCCAUCCGCCAGUGGUGGCGCCGCACGAGAAGGCCAUCUUCGGUGUCGAGUUGGGAAGUACGGCCUCAGUUCGAUCCCGCCGGUGCCGGCGGACAGCACGAUCAUCCAGACGGCCGACGAGUGGCUGGCGGUGAUGAGGAUGACGGACAAGAGGAUCGCCGUGGCGCCGUCGCUGCCGUACAAGUGAGCGCAGACAGAGAUGCCGGGCACACAGACAUCGUUGUUGUGUGUCGUGAUCAGGUCGAGUCGUGACACGUUUGGGUAUCCGUCCUUCCUCGACAACGUGGCCGGCAAGAGCGGCCUCCUGUUCGCCCUCCGAGAUGGGGACACACACCGAUUCGGCUGCUUCAUCGACGGCCAGAUCACACCCCCAGCCGACCCCACAGAGACCAACACCUACAAGGCUCCCGUCUUCUUCUUUCCGCUCUCGGGUGCUUACAAUUGGCCGACCAAGAUCGAGCUGCCCAAAGAGGCGCAGGAGGUGGAGGUGGCCGGCACAGAGGGGGCGUGACGAACAUAGACGGCGAGCCACGUGCGAAUGUGCGCAUGCGUCGCGCUCCUGCUGGAGUCCUUUGGCUGGGGUAUGCCAGGCCUGGCCCAGCGGCGGACCUCAGCAGCUGCCAGCAGUGGAUCAAGAGGCAGCACCUGUCUGACGGCUACAAUGGGGUGAUCAACUCGAAUGACAACGGCACGCUGGCGCAGGACAUCAACUUCACGUGCACUGAGAUGGAGGUGUGGCAGGUGCGUGAGUGAGUGAGAGGCAGAGAGGCACUGGCGGCCGUUGCCAACACCGUGCUGCAUGUGGUGUGUGCAGCUGGUGAGCGGCUGAUCCUAUCUAUCGUCUAGCAGCAGACAGGUGAGAAAGAGAGAAGGCAGCUCGCCUCUCCUGGCAUGGCACUCCAUCUCUCUCUCUCUCUCUCUGUCUUUCCAUUGCUGCAGCCCGUCCCUUCCGUCCGUUGUACAGCUGAGGCCGGGACGGCCCCGCAGUUAGCUACCUACUGACGCAGAUAGACCCUUCGAGCAAGACCCACAACAACAACUGCUGCUCCAUGGGUCCAUGGAUGGAUGGAUGGCUGUGUGGAUGUCGUGUGCGUGCCAUUCAUGCCAUGCGCUCAAUCAGUGCCUUUCCAUCGGCCCAUUCACCACCAUCUCAUCUGUCUGUCUGUCUGUCUGUGCGCCUUCAACACACACCCCACAUCGAUGUGAUCACACACACCAGAUGUGUACUGUAGGUGUCCUUUCAAACACACGCCUCAUCCAC